UCAGGAAAAUGGCGAUAGCAAUGUUUUGAUUUUUUCCGACGAGUUUUGUACAGGACUCAAAACUAUCAUGAAUCGUCUUGUAAGCGAAAUAUCGCUCGACACAGCCGACGAGUGGUUUAAAAUUGGGAAAAAAGCAUACAAAGAUGUACACACUUUUUCCAAAAGCAAAUCAGGAGGAACCCCCGACUUUGACACUGUCACACAAAAACCACGUGUGGUGAACGAAGAGCAAUACAUCCCUUCAUAUAACAGGGGUCCACGAGACGAAACCCAACGAGAUUAUGCUGCUUCAUAUUUGGAGGAGGAGCAGCAGCACCUUUUUGAGGCAAAUCAACCCCAGCAACAUGGAGUCAACGAUGCAGCUGAGCGGAUGUCAGAGAUUGACCUUGACAGCAUUUGUACAAGCGCUGUGGCUAUGCCGGACGACCUCAUUCCAUCUAAUGCUGUAGAUGUGUACCAGAACUACAAGUUUCAGCACACUUACGACAAGAAGCUGCCCAUUACCAGACAUCACCAGCAGGUGAUCUCCACUAUUGAGUGUAACCAAGUGACCGUGGUGCAGGGGUCGACUGGGUCAGGGAAGACAACACAGGUGCCUCAGUACAUACUUGACCACUAUGCCUCCAUGAACAAAUACUGUAACAUCAUAGUCACCCAGCCAAGGAGGAUCGCUGCUAUUAGUAUUGCUCGUCGUGUGUGUAGUGAGCGGGAUUGGCAGCUGGGCACUGUGUGUGGAUACCAGGUUGGCAUGGACAGGACAAUAUCAGAUGACACAAGACUGACUUAUGUAACUACAGGAGUGUUGCUUCAAAAACUAAUCAACACCAAAAACAUGUUACAGUUUACUCAUGUUAUCCUGGACGAGGUCCACGAACGAGACCAGGACACAGAUUUCAGUCUGUUGGUUGUCCGUAAGCUCCUAAGAACAAACUCUCCGCAUGUCAAGGUUGUGCUGAUGUCUGCCACCAUUGACUCAGAAGUGUUUGCCAGCUACUUCGCACUCCCUCUAGGGCGAAAACUUGAACCUGCCCCUGUCAUCAGCGUGGAAGGAAAAAUCUUUGCAGUAUCGGAAUAUUACACAGAGGACCUGUCUGUUUUAGGAGAGGUGCCCCCACUGGACGAAGGAUCACCUGCCAUCUCCUUAGAGGCUUACACUAUGGCUGUUAGACUUAUACAAGAGUUUGAUAGUCUGGAAGCCAAGGACCAAGGAAUAUCCCCCACAGGUUUUGCUAACUUCAGAGGAACUGUGCUAGUUUUCCUGCCAGGUCAAGCGGAAAUAGAGUUUAUGGAUACAAGUCUCCAGGACAGAUGCCAAAACACAAGUAUCUUGAAAAUCCUUCCGUUACAUUCAUCCAUCACACUGGAGGAACAGUCAAAAGUGUUUGAGAUGCCAGGAACAGGAGAGAGAAAGAUUAUUUUGUCUACAAAUAUUGCAGAAAGUUCCAUUACUGUACCGGAUAUCAAAUAUGUGAUUGACUUCUGCCUGACUAAGAACCUUGUGGCAGAUACAGAUACCAACUAUACAAGUCUACAGGUGGAGUGGGCUUCCCGUGCUAACUGUAACCAAAGGAAAGGUCGAGCUGGUCGAGUGUCAAAUGGAAGAGUCUACAGAAUGAUCACGCGAUAUUUCUGGGAACAUUUCAUACAAGACUUUGGCAUUCCAGAAAUGCAGCGUUGUCCUCUGGACCGUGUCAUACUCAACGUCAAGGUGUUUGACCUUGGAGAACCGAAAGCCAUCUUGGCCCUAGCCCUGUCACCACCCAACCUGGAUGACAUAGAGAAAACCAUUCUACUACUAAAGGAGGUAGGAGCGCUGAGUACCCCGACCUAUGAGAAAGGCAGUCGCCAUGAUGGAGACCUGACCUUUGUAGGGCGUGUGUUGGCUGAUGUUCCUGUGGAUGUCCGGCUUGGCAAGCUCCUUAUCCUGGGUCAUGUGUUCGGGUUACUGGAGGACUGCCUUAUAAUAGCGGCAGCACUGUCACUGAAGUCUGUGUUUGCCAGUCCGUACAAGAAACACCUUGAGGCUUAUAGACACAAACAUGAGUGGGCUGCUGGCUCUAGCAGUGACUGUAUCGCCAUCCUUAAUGCCUAUAGGGAAUGGGAGAAGAGAAAGAUGUUGGGCGAUUUCAAACGACGCAGUCAGAAGGAAAUGUCAUGGGGAAGGAUGCACUUCCUCCAGAUCAAACGUUUGUAUGAGGUCCAGGAACUAGUGAAGGAACUUGAGUCUAGGCUGAGUAACUUAAACAUCGAGAAGCCAAGGCAGACUCCAAACUACAAACACAAGUUUACCGAAGACCAGGAGAGGCUUCUCCUUAAGGUGAUCAUGGCAGGUGCUUUCUACCCCAACUACUUCAUCAAGGAACCAAUCGAUGAACAGGAGUCACAUCGGAUCAUGUCAGGUCAUGACCCCUUCAACACAAUCAUGGUGAAAGGUUUGCCAGCCAAUCAGGGAAGUCUUUACAAGACUGCAGUAGAGGACCACUUCAGGGACAUAGGCUACAGACCUACUGCCUUUUUCGAGGAGACAAAGGCCUACAUCAGUUUCCAGUGGAAACCAGAGUACAGAGGGAAGGUCCAUCCUGGGGUGUAUUCCGCUGUUAAACUCAGACAACUUCGCCUACCACUGGAGAUCCAGCUGUUGUCAAGAGAGGAAGCGUACAGUCUUGUUGAGCAGCAGGAAUUAGCAAAGGCACCACGACGGGGUUGCUUACGUACAAACAGGAUUACAGUGUCAAAUCAGCCACAGGACAGCCAGAAGUACAUGUUACCUCCACCCUCAGCCUCGUCGGUCGAGCUGUGUGUCACAGAGGUGAAGGAUUGUGGACAUUUCUGGGCACAGUACUCAGAGAGAGAAAACUGCAAUACACUCUCGGGUGUGCACACCUGUCUAAACCAGGGCAGAGCACUUGUGCCUUUGGUGGGUCGUAUCGCUAUGGGGAGGCUGUGUGCUGCUCCGUUUGAGGAUGAGGCAAGAGAAUACUACAGGGCAAGGGUAGAUAAUGUCCUCCGUGUACCGAUACCUCACACCAACCAGUUCAGGGAGUCACUAGAGGUUUUCUUUGUUGACUAUGGGAAUACGGCGUUAGUGGCCAGAGAGGAUGUCCGGGAGUUGCCUGAUGCCGUGUCAGAAGUCCCCUUCCAGGCCGUCGAGUGCUAUCUCAGUGGGAUUCGGCCGUCGGUCAUCAAGUGUCCAGAUGGGCGGUGGACUAAACAGGCCUUCAACACAUUCCAAAGUAUGGUGAUGAACAAGGAUCUGUUCGGGAAGAUAUACUCUGUGGUACGCGGGGUACUACGUCUGGAGUUAAUUGAAGUGUUGAGAAAUGGCCGUCAGAUUUGUUUCAAUCAUGAGUUGAUUGCCCUGGAGUUUGCUGAUACUGCUGAAGAAAGCUUCCUGUCAAAGCAAAACCACGAGCAACGUGUACUGGAGGAGUCGACCGGACAAUUUGGUCAGCCGGCUGGACAACAGAGGCAACUCAACAGUCAACAGACCAACUGGCUCAACCUCUCCCUCCAACCAAAUAUGAACUUCGGGGAUAGUCGUCGAGGGGGCAAGGUGAAUUUAAGAGGUCCACACAAUCCUUAUGAGAUGAGCUUCAUCAGCAUGACCAAUGUGGGAUCAUGUAGGUGUGCUAAGAUUGAACCAGGCAGCAUCAACUGUGUUGCCAUUGAUGAUGAACCUCAUGACCCUCACUCAAGACUGAUGAUUGCAGCAUUUGUUGGACUGAACCCAGGAGGAUCGACCAUGAUGGCUCGGGACACAACUAUAAUGCCUUUGAUACCAGGACUACCAUCUUUGAUCUCCCUGCUGUUUGCUCCUGUGGCAGAAUUCAGGACCGACCCUGAACUGACACGUCUAACAGGGGCUAUAUGUGGACUUGGACCAGCCCUGAACAUGGAAUAUUCCUGUUUCCCAGACCAUGACCUUGAGGUCAUCUUUGAUACCAAGAUUGACAUAGAGGACAUUUACAAGAUCAAUGGUGUACGGAUGGCGAUUAACAUUGCUAUUGGCAGCCAGGAGAAAGUCAUGGGUUGGGGUCCUGAUGCUGUCUACAAAAUCCAGGAGUCAGCUCGCACUAAACUGAUGGAAGUUCUACAGAAGAGGAGGGAGACUGUACAGGAGAGGAAUGCUGACAGGCCGUACAGAUGGAACCAGCUGAACCCAGAUGACAUCCUCCACCAUCGCUUAGAGAACACAGAUGCAGACAAUCCUGUGUUACUCAAUCUCCAUUCUGCUGUGGCCCUAGUAGAUGAGGAGGUGGAGGAUCAUACUCAGAAUACGGCUGGCCAUCGUAGGGAAUACCUCAAACAACACAUCAAAUAUUUGAAAAAAGCUGCAAAGGAUUUACACCGGCGUGACCCUAUUACCUGUGAACUGUGUAACGUGACUGCAAACACACCUCAGCUACUGGCAUCCCACCUUGACAUGCGCAGACACAGGGAGAGAGAGGAAGCUCUUCAGGAGGACGAGACCUGAGUGACAGAUAAUCUUAAAACGAUGUUUGUCUAUAACUCGAAGAGGAAGCUCUGGAAGAUGACAAAGGCUGAGUGAUAGAUGAUCAAAUUAAUGUUCUAUCUAUAAUUCCAGAGACAGAUGACUUGGUAUGAUGGUGUUACUUGCCCAUGGUAGAUUGGACAACCUCAAUUAGGUUAACAAGAAUCUUUGUGGACUAAAAUCUAUACAUUCAUCAUAAAUCCGUGAACUGUGCUGGGCUAGCUGUUGACUGAUGCAGUAUAUCUAUGAUAAAAGGUCAGGUGUUAGGACAACCCACAUUGUCUGUGUAGACUGGGCCAGCUAUGAUGUGUAUCUCUGAUAAAAGUGUUGUACACCAAGACAACCCGCAUUGUCUGUGUAGACUGGGCCAGCUAUGAUGUGUAUCUCUGAUAAAAGUGUUGUACACCAAGACAACCAACAUUGUCUGUGGGUAGACUGGGCCAGCUAUAAUAUUGUGUAUCUAUGAUAAAAGGUGAGGUGCUAGGACAAUCCAAGUUGUCUGUGUAGACUAAGCCAGCUAUGAUAUUGUGUAUCUAUGAUAUGAGUGCUGUACACUAAGACAACCCACGUCUGUGUGUAGACUGGGCCAGCUGUGAUAUUGUGUAUCUCUGAUAUGAGUGCUGUACACUAAGACAACCCACAUUGUCUGUUUGUAGACUAAGUCAGCUAAAGAAUGUGGUGCCAUGUAUAUGUACAGAUGCUAAGACAACUCUAGUUGCCUCUCAUUGUAAAUCUACUUGACAACUCAUUCUCACUUGAAAACAAAAAUCAAGAAAAUCACAGCAAAUCAUUUCCAUCCCUGUAAUUUUGCUAUAUUGUUUUGCUAUAUAUCUACUUUUUAUACCUACUAUACAGUUUUUCACGAACUUUUUAUUUGUUACUAUGGUAGCUAGAAGUGCUGUGUUAAUUUUUCUCAUAGUGAAAGUGUUGUAUUACCAUGGUAAAAGAGCUGUGUUACUACUGUAGAAGUGUCCUGCUACCAUAGCAGAAGUGUCCUGUUACCAUGGUAGAAGUAUCCUGUUACCAUGGUAGAAGUGUCCUGUUACCAUGGUAGUAGUAUCCUGUUACCAUGGUAGAAGUAUCUACUCUACCAUGGUAGAACGGUAAAAGUGUCAUGCUACCAUGGUAGAUGUUUCUGUUUACUAUAGUGGAAUUGGUAAAAGUGUCUGGAUACCAUCGUAGAAUGGUAGACGUUUCAUGUUACCAUGGUAUAGUGGUAGAACAGCCCUAUUUCCAUCGUAGAAUGAUAGAACUGACCUGUUACAAUGAUAGCCUGUUACAAUGGUAGUAGUGUCUUGUUUCUGUGGUAGAAUGGUAGAAUAUUCCUGUUACCAUAGUAGAAAUUUCAUGUUACUAUAUGAGAUUGCUGUUACCUUGGUAGAAUGGUAUAAAUACCCCACUGCCAUGGUAGAGAUUUCCUGUUACCAUGAUAGAAAUGCCCUGUUACUAUGGUAGAAGUUUCUUGUUAUCAUGGUAGAAGUUUCCUCUCAUCAUGGUAUAAUUGUGAUAGUGCCUUGAUACCACGGUAAAAGAACACUAUUACCAUGGUAGAAGAUCUUGUUUCUGCUGUAGAAAAGAGGAAGUUUUUUGUUACCAUGGUAGAAGUUUUUUGUUGCCAUGGUAGAAGUUUUUUCUUAUCAUGUUAGAAUUGUGGAAGUGUCCUGGUUCUAUAAUAGUUCUUUUUUAUGGUAGAAUUGUUAUGUUACUGUAGUAGAAUUGUUAUGUUACUGUAGUAGAAUUACUAUGUUACUAUGGUAUAUUGGACCAAUGCUAUAUCUUACCUAACUUUUUGUAGAAAAAGGGUUUUGUUUUUAGGUAGAAUCGACUCUACCUCUUCUUAAUUUGAUGAUUUUUUUAUAGGAAAUUUAGAAUUGAAGAUAUUGAUAGCAGUUCAGUUUUGCUUUAAACAUUUCCUUGUAGUAUUGUUGAUACAAAUUUACAUUUACAUGUAUCUCAUUCAAGUCCAUAUUGAAAUGUGUUGUGUCUAUGAACUUUGUAUUCCAAGAUAACAUUACUAUUUUACAAACAAGCUGAUUUACAUUGAUACAGCUGGGUGUUUUUGUCAAAGUUUCUGUACUUCCCAUGAAAGAUUGUGAAAGGAGACAGGCAUUGGUCUAGGACUACAGAGGGACUAGACAAAAGAAAGUUUGUUACUGUGUAGAUGAGAGGGACUAGACAAAAGAAAGUUUGUUACUGUGUAGAUGAGACGGACUAGAAAAUAGAAAGUUUGUUACUGUGUAGAUGAGACGGAUUAGAAAAUAGAAAAUUUGUUACUGUGUAAAUGAGACGGACUAGAAAAUAGAAAAUGUGUUACUGUGUAGAUGAGACGGACUAGAAAAUAGAAAAUUUGUUACUGUGUAGAUGAGACGGAUUAGAAAAUAGAAAAUUUGUUACUGUGUAAAUGAGACGGACUAGAAAAUAGAAAGUUUGUUACUGUGUAGAUGAGAGAGACUAGAAAAUAGAAAGUUUGUUACUGUGUAGAUGAGAGAGACUAGAAAAUAGAAAUUUUGUUACUGUGUAAAUGAGACGGACUAGAAAAUAGAAAGUUUGUUGCUGUGUUGAUGAGAGAGACUAGAAAAUAGAAAGUUUGUUACUGUGUAGAUGAGAGAGACUAGAAAAUAGAAAGUUUGUUACUGUGUAAAUGAGACGGACUAGAAAAUAGAAAAUUUGUUACUGUGUAGAUGAGAGAGACUAGAAAAUAGAAAGUUUGUUACUGUGUAGAUGAGAGAGACUAGAAAAUAGAAAAUUUGUUACUGUGUAGAUGAGAGAGACUAGAAAAUAGAAAGUAUGUUACUGUGUAAAUGAGACGGACUAGAAAAUAGAAAGUUUGUUACUGUGUAGAUGAGAGAGACUAGAAAAUAGAAAGUUUGUUACUGUGUAAAUGAGAGGGAUUAGAAAAUAGAAAGUUUGUUACUGUGUAGAUGAGACGGACUAGAAAAUAGAAAGUUUGUUGCUGUGUAGAUGAGAGAGACUAGAAAAUAGAAAGUUUGUUGCUGUGUAGAUGAGAGAGACUAGAAAAUAGAAAGUUUGUUUCUGUGUAGAUGAGAGAGACUAGAAAAUAGAAAGUUUGUUACUGUGUAGAUGAGAGAGACUAGAAAAUAGAAAGUUUGUUACUGUGUAAAUGAGAGGGACUAGAAAAUAGAAAGUUUGUUACUGUGUAGAUGAGACGGACUAGAAAAUAGAAAGUUUGUUGCUGUGUAGAUGAGAGAGACUAGAAAAUAGAAAGUUUGUUUCUGUGUAGAUGAGACAGACUAGAAAAUGGAAAGUUUGUUACUGUGUAGAUGAGAUGGACUAGAAAAUGGAAAGUUUGUUACUGUGUAGAUGAGAGAGACUAGAAAAUAGAAAGUUUGUUUCUGUGUAGAUGAGAGAGACUAGAAAAUAGAAAGUUUGUUGUUGUGUUGAUGAGAGAGACUAGAAAAUGGAAAGUUUGUUACUGUGUAGAAGGGAGGGACUAGACAAUAGAAAGUUUGUUACUGUGUAGAUGGGACGGACUAGAAAAUAGAAAGUUUGUUACUGUGUAGAUGAGACGGAUUAGAAAAUAGAAAAUUUGUUACUGUGUAAAUGAGAGUGACUAGAAAAUAGAAAAUGUGUUACUGUGUAGAUGAGAGAGACUAGAAAAUAGAAAGUUUGUUACUGUGUAGAUGAGACAGACUAGAAAAUAGAAAGUUUGUUACUGUGUAGAUGAGACGGACUAGAAAAUAGAAAUUUUGUUACUGUGUAGAUGAGACGGACUAGAAAAUAGAAAGUUUGUUACUGUGUAGAUGAGAGGGACUAGAAAAUAGAAUGUAUGUUUCUGUAAAUGAGGUUACUACAGAAAGUGGUGUGUUUUUUUGUUAUUUGUUAAUUCAGUUUCUUAUAUGAACCUGAAGUAAGGUGCAAUUACCAUUAAUCUCAGAAAACUGACAAAAGUUUCUGUUUUGGAUUGAUUUUAUUAUAAUUUGUUUGCCACAUUUCUCCAUAUCUGGUAAACAUGUAUUAGAUUUUGUAAUUGCGUUGAUGAAAGAUUAAAUUUGUUUUAUAAGUUGAA